GCCAUGGUCAUCAGGAUUCAACAGCUAGUAUUCCUCCAGGGACUGGUGGAUUGCCUUUGAUUGGAGAAACCUUACAGUUCAUGGCUUCCAUCAAUAGUGGCAAAGGCUUCUAUGACUUUGUAAGAGUUCGUCGUCUCCGGUAUGGGAACUGCUUUAGAACCAAGCUCUUUGGGGAGACACAUGUUUUUGUUUCGAGCACAGAGUCAGCAAAGGCAAUCCUAAACAAUGAAUUGGGAAAAUUCACAAAGAAAUACAUAAGGUCAAUUGCGGAACUAGUGGGAGAUCAAAGCCUUCUAUGUGCAUCUCACCAACAACACAAGAUGAUCCGUGGCCAUCUUGCCAAUUUGUUCUCCACCACUUCUAUAUCAAUGUUUAUCAAAAUGGUAGAUGAACUCAUGGUGGAAACUCUUAGUGGCUGGGAACAUGGAAGCACUGUGGUCAUACUCGAUGAAGCACUUAAGAUAACUUGCAAAGCAAUGUGCAAAAUGCUGAUGAGUUUAGAGAGCGGGCAUGAACUAGAGAUGUUGCAGAAUGAGGUCGCUCAAGUUUGUGAAGCAAUGCUUGCAUUUCCUUUGAGGUUACCUUGGACAAGAUUCUAUAAAGGCCUUCAGGCCAGAAAAAGAAUAAUUAGCAUUCUGGAGAAGGAAAUUAGUGAAAGAAGAAGAGGCAUACAAACUUUUCACGAAGAUUUUCUACAACAUAUGUUGAGCGAGAAUGAUAAAGCAUCUAGUGAUGAAUCUCCUAGGCUAACAGAUGCAGAGAUUAUAGAUAACAUCUUAACCAUGAUAAUUGCAGGUCAGGAUACAACAGCAAGUGCAAUCACAUGGAUGAUCAAAUUCCUGGAUGAAAACCAAGAUGUCCUUGAAAAACUCAGAAAUGAACAACAGCAUUUAGCAAAGAAAGCUUCACCAAAGUCGUGUCUUACAUUAGAGGAUCUUAGUGAGAUGCCCUAUGCUUCUAAGGUAGUAAAAGAAUCCUUAAGAAUGGCUUCCGUAGUACCAUGGUUCCCAAGACAAGCACUCCAAGAUUGUGAGAUUGAAGGAUUUAAGAUCAAGAGAGGGUGGAACAUAAACAUUGAUGCUAGAUCAAUACACCUUGAUCCUAUGGUGUACAAUGACCCCAAUAAAUUUAGUCCACAAAGGUUUGAUGUUCUUAGCUUUUGGAAUGGGAGGGAGGACUUGUCUGGGGAUGAACAUGGCCAAAGCGAUGAUGCUAGUCUUCCUCCACCGUUUAAUCACCACAUACAGGUGGAAGGUGACUGAUUCUGACUCAAGCACUGAGAAGUGGGCGCUCUUUUCAAAAUUAAGAAGUGGUUGCCCAGUGCAUGUG